AGGAAGAUGGCGUCAGCCAUGCUGGUGCUUGUCGUCCCACUGUGGCCGGCAGCCCGGGGACUCCUCCGGAGCUGUUGGGAACUACUACAGCGGAAACUUCGGCAGAGCGGACCAGGUCUUCCCAGUCCUCUGUGGGGACCAGCAUUAGCAGUCCAAGGUCCAGCUGUAUUUACAGAACCAGCAAAUGAUACCAAUGGAAGUAAGGAGAUUUUCAGCCUUUCCGAUAGUAUCUUUUGGAUGGCAGCUCCUAAGAACAGACGCAGCAUUGAAGUUAACUGCUGUAGGGGAAGAAACCCUCAGAAGCUUAUUAAAGUUAAGAACAAUAUUGACGUUUGUCCUGACUGUGGUCACCUGAAACUGAAACACAUCCUUUGUGGCUACUGCUAUGAGAAAGGUGUGCAAGGAGACUGCAGAAAUCGGAAGACAGGGCAACAAGAAGGGGGCCCUUUUAAGGUUCCUUCCGUGGAGACUGUGGUGCUGUACACAGGAGAGGCACCGUCUCAACGAGAUCGCGGUAAGAGAAUCAUUGAACGAGACAGGAAGCGACCAUCCUGGUUCACCCAGAAUUAA